GCUUGACAAUGUGCACACAUUGAUAUCAAGCACAAAACUUUGACAAAAUUAGGACAGACUUGGCAAUGCCAAAACUGCAAAAAUGAAGAGAAACUUUUCACAUAUGGUGCCAUGUUAUAACUAAAGCCUGGCCCAUGACAAGGAGAAACCCAAAAAAGACUCUCUCCAAAUUAGGGUUUUGGCCUUUUGAUUCUGGGUCUUCUUCUUCUUUUCUUCUCCUGGCAUAUUCUCAGCUAGAGAGUCGGGAAAGCACUUGCACUGAGUAAAGAUGUGGAGAUCUAUAGCUAUUAAAUCGAGACAAGCAGCACACAGCUUAAGUGCAGCCACAAGCUACAACAAGGUAUCAUCAGCUUCUCAUUUCUCCAAUUGGGUUCCUUGUCAACAAAACCUUCGUUUUCUCUCAAAUUUGUCUGUAAACACAAAUGAUACUGAAAUUGACCACUCCUCACAUGGUUCUGCUCAAAACAAUUACGAUGGUGACGAUGAAGGCAAAGUUACUGAUACCCAUUUGCACAAUUUUUCCCCUCAAGCAGAUAUAAAUGAAGUCUCACACCAUUAUUCAAGUGAAAAUGGUGAUACCCAUAUGGAUAAUUUUGUUCAGCGUUCACCGGAUUUAGCUGAAGAAGCUAAUACCCAAAUUCAUGGCGAGGUAGAGGGACAUGUUGACUAUGUAAUUGAUGCUGACAAGUUAGAAAAUGUAUUAUCUUUGUUGCAAAGUAGCACUGAUGCCUCACUAGAGUCAAGUCUUGAUAAUAUGGAUUUACAUUUACAUGAAGAUUUUAUCGUCAAAGUUCUCGAAACCCCUCUUAUUGUAGGCGAUAAUUUGAUUAAGUUUUUCAAUUGGGCGAUUAAGCAGCCAGAUAUCAAUGUCACUACUCGUUUAGUUCAUCCGCUUGUUCGAGCUAUUUGUAGCGAGCUUAGGAAGAAAGACGCAUACGCCUUAUGGGAUUUAGUUAAGGACAUUGGUGAGGAGGAGAAUACUGUGCUUAAUGUUGACCUUCUUAAUCAGUUGAUAGCUUUGUUUUCCAAGUUAGGUAAAGGGAAAGCAGCUUUUGAGGUUUUCAACAAGUUUGGAGACUUCGGCUGUGUUCCUGAUUCUGAGACAUACCAUUAUACAAUUGAAGCCCUUUGUAGGCGAUCUAUUUUUGAUUGGGCUUCAUCAGUUCGUGAAAAGAUGCUCAGAGCAGAAGCCUUGCCUGACACUGAGAAAAUUGGUAAGAUUAUAUGCUGGUUUUGUAAAGGAGAUAAGGCAAAUGAUGCCUAUCUGGUGUAUCUGUUGGCAAAAGAGAAGAACAAGUACCCACCUCAGCCUUCAGUAAAUUUUUUGAUUGGUUUGCUCUGUCAGAAGAAUGAAACUGUCAAAUUAGCUUUGGAGAUGUUGGAUGCUUUCUCAGGUCCAAAACGCAAGUAUGCAAUCAAGCCUUUUUCAUCUGUCAUUCGUGCUUUGUGUAGGAUCAAAGAUCUUGAUGGGGCAAAAAUGUUGCUUUCUAAGAUGGUUGAUGAGGGUCCACCUCCUGGAAAUGCUGUGUUCAAUUCCAUUAUCAAUGGCUAUUCUAAGUGUGGUGAUAUGAAAGAGGCAAUAAAGAUGAAACAACUGAUGGUAAGGAGGGGAUUGAAACCGGAUCUUUUCACUUAUGCUGUAAUAAUGAGUGGUUAUGCAAGUGGUGGUCAGAUGGAGGAGGCUUGCAAAGUACUAUCAGAAGCCAAAAAGAAGCACUCUAAGCUCAGCCCUGUGAUGUACCAUACAGUCAUCCGAGGAUAUUGCAAACUUGAGCAGUUUGAUAAGGCUUUGGAUUUGUUAGCAGAGAUGAAGACAUUUGGGGUCCAAGCUAAUGCAGAUGAGUACAAUAAGUUGAUUCAAUCUCUAUGCUUAAAGGCCUUAGAUUGGGAAAGGGCAGAGAAACUGUUGGAGAAAAUGAAGGAGGAUGGCUUGCAUCUAAAUGGGAUCACACGAGGUCUUAUAAGAGCAGUUAAGGAGCUGGAGGAUGAGGGGAUUGAGAAAGAAGUAGGCGCUGAAGCUUGAAGUGUGGAUGCCUCAUACAGAUGUUCAAGUUUUGGAUCUCUAGGUUUUUCUUUUUUUUGUAAACUUUUCUCCAUAGUAUAAUAAUGGAAGCUUUGAAUUUUUUUGUGGCAUGCAUUCUUGCUCUUUGCAUGAGUUAGAUCACAAAAGGGCUAAAUUUGGUUGCUUAUGAUUCA